CCUCCUGCGUUCCCUUCCUCGUCGACGGAGGUGCGCCUCUUCAGCGGACGCACGCACCUCCCCAGUCCCCAGAGGGUGAGUCGAGCUCGGCUGGAAUCAGCCAGCAAUGCCAACCGCCCGCCUGUCCUCCAUCUCCACCUCCUCCUUCAGGGCUCCUUCACGUAAACCACGAGCCCCCCUCGCCGCCUUGGCUGCCGCCACGGAACGCGUUCGCGCUGGAACGCUAAGCCGGGAGGACGCACACCACCUGUUCGACGAAUUGCAAGGCCAAGCCACCGCCGUCCCGGAACGCGGGCUCAACAACUUUCUUGCCGCACUAGCCCGUGCUCCGCCCUCAUCUGCCUGCAGCGAUGGUCCGGGCCUUCCCUUUGCCCUCUUCAACCGCAUGUCCCGAGGCGCUGGUGCACGGGUGGUGUCGCCUACGCUCUGUACCUAUUCCAUCCUCAUGGACUGCUGCUGCCGCGCAGGCCGCCCGGACUUGGUGGUUGCCUUCUUCGGCCGCCUCCUCAGGUUGGGGCUGCGCUUGAAUGUCAUCUCCUUCAACAACCUCCUCAAGGGGCUCUGCCAGGCCAAGCGUUCAAAUGAGGCUUUGGACAUGCUGCUCCACCGGAUGCCCGAACUGGACUGUGCGCCUGAUGUCUUCUCGUUCAACAUAGUAAUCAACGGCUGCUUUAGAGAAGGUGAAGUAGACAAAGCAUGUAAUCUCUUCCAUGAGAUGCCCCAACUGGGAGUUCAACCUGAUGUGGUCACCUACACCUCAAUCAUGGACGCACUAAGCAAGUCCGGAGCAAUGGACAAGGCAGAAGUGCUCCUUCGGCAAAUGGUUGAUCAAGGAAUUGAACCCAAUAUCAUUACGUAUACUAGUCUGAUCCAUGGAUAUUCUACUUUGGGUCAGUGGAAGGCAGCAGUUAGGGUAUUCAAAGAGAUGGUAAGUGUUGGUGUUCUACCAAAUGCUGUCACGUUGAACUCAUUUAUGGAUUCACUUUGCAAGCAUAGAAGGACAAAGGAAGCUAGAGAUAUUUUUGACUCCAUGGCUGCAAAGGGCCACAAACCUAAUAUUGCCUCCUACUCUACUAUGCUUAAUGGGUAUGCGAAACAAGGAUGCUUCGAUGAUAUGACUGGUCUCUUCAAUUCGAUGCUACAGAAUGGUGUUGUACCAAACCACCAUAUUUUCAACAUACUGAUCAAUGCAUAUGCUAAACGUGGACUGAUGGAUGAGGCUAUGCACAUGUUCGAAGUAAUGAGGCAACAAGGAGUAAACCCAGAUGUAUUUAGCUAUCAAAUUGUAAUGGAUUCACUUUGUAAAAUGGGUAGGAUGGAUGCUGCUCUGGACAAAUUUAAUCAGAUGGUCAAUCAAGGAGUUUCACCUAACAAAGCUGUUUACCAAUGCCUGGUUCUGGGUUCUUGUUCUCAUGGUCAUUUUGUGAAAGCCAAGGAAUUGAUUUCUGAAGCAGUUAAUAGAGGUCUGUGUUCUAACAGUGUGUUCUUCUAUCCUGUAAUAAACGACCUGUGCAAAGAAGGAAAGGUGAAGGAGGCACAGGAUAUGUUUGAGUUCAUUGUAGGUAUUGGUCAGCGGCCUGAUGUGAUUAUGUACAAUUCACUGAUGGAUGGAUAUUGCCUUGUUGGCAAAGUGGAGGAAGCACUGAGAGUACUUGAUGCUAUGAAGUCUGCUGGCCUCCAACCUACUGCUGUUACGUAUGGUAUACUUCUUAAUGGCUACUGUAAAAUUGGAAGGAUUGCCGCUGGAUUGAGUCUUUUCAUGGAAAUGUCACUCAGCGGGGUUAAGCCCACUACUAUUAUGUACAACAUUAUACUUGAUGGGCUGUUUCGCUCCGGGAGAACAGAUUCUGCAAAGGAAAAAUUCCGUACGAUGAGCGAAAGUGGCAUACCAGUGGGCAUUGACACAUACAACAUAGUUCUUAGUGGACUUUGUAAAAAUAAUUGCGCUGGUGAAGCAAUAGAGCUGUUCAAGAAACUACGUGCAAUGAAUGUGAAGGUUGAUGUCAAAACACUCACUAUCAUGAUUUCUGCAAUGUUUAAAAGUAGGAGAAUUGAAGAAGCCAAGGAGUUGUUUGCUACUAUAUCAGCCAUCGGGUUGGUGCCUUCUGUUGUGACUUACAGUGUAAUGAUGACGAAUUUCAUAAAAGAAGGGUCGCUGGCAGAGACUGAUGAUAUGUUUUUAGCAAUGGAGAAGGCUAGCUGUGCUCCCGACUCCAUCCUGCUAAAUCAAGUGGUCAGGGCGUUGCUGGAAAAAGGUGCAGUUGUAAAGGCUGCAACUUAUCUCGCUAAACUUGAUGCUAAACAGCUGUCAGUUGAAGCUUCAACGAUUUCGUUAAUAGUAUCUCUCUUCUCAGGGGAAGGGAAACUAAGGGAGCACGUAGAGUUGCUUCCAGUAAAGUACCAGCCUCCUGAGAGUUCGACUGACAAUUGAAAGAGUAUACUUGAAACUUCGUACUUAAAAAAAAGGUGGUAAAUUGAAACAAGAAGCCUGAGGGUCAUAUGAGUUUCCCCCUUUUUGUGACGAAGAAAGUGUAACUCUGAUCUGGAAUGUUUAGAUAUCUGUCACACAUUACAUAUUUAUCAGCAUCCAAGUUUGUGGCAAAUUACUUAGCUACUUUCCUCUGGGAAUACCCAAUCUCGGCGUUUAUGCAUUCAUGCAGCAAGAAGGCGUGACCAAGGAGUGCAACACAAACCAGAUAUAAAACUCCAACUAAGCUAUUAUGUUCAUGAGAUGGUUGAUGCACUGUUUUUGCUCUCUGUUGAUGAUAGUUACUAUUAUGUUCACUCUUAAAACUCCAACUAAGCUAUGAUCUCUCUCUUCAUAAUGUUACAGAAAGCUAGGUUGCUCUAGAUUAAAUGCUUGCAUUUUUUAAAUUUCAGCAACCAUUGCACGUAAACCCAAUUUGUCAGCAGGUUACUUUCAGUUAUACCUCUCUCAACAGUAGUGCUAAUUUCCUUUUCUGUGAAGCGUUAAG